ACGCACGCGUACAGUAUGUUUCCGUUUUUUUUUUGCUCUUUCACUCCAGCGCGCUCGCACCGCGGCUCGAAAUACUGCGAGCGUCACGUAGAAAAGGCUACACUGACGCACUUCAUCCACUCUAUCAAGCUUGAAGCGCAAUAGGAAUAAUGUCCGAGCCGUACCGCGAGUGGAUUCUGGGCUCCAUAGACUCCCUGAGGUCGAGGAAAGCGCGACCGGACCUGGACAGAAUUUGCAGAAUGGUUAAAAGACGACACGGCUCGGACUGGGACCGAACCCGCUCAGAACUAGAGAAACUGAUAGAGGAGCAGACGGUGCUCAAAGUCAACUAUAAAGGCUCGGUUUCCUAUCGCAACGCGGCAAAGGUGCUACGAGGCAGGAGAAAACCCGAGCAGAACAAGUGUGCGGUGAAACAGCCUUGUCUCGCGGACUGGAGCACCGGCGACAGCGCUCUCGGUCCCGCGGAUGAGGAUCACAUGGAGGACAUGGAAGUGAGUGCACAGAGCAAGCGGCUGCGCUCCGGGAAAAACGAGACGCGAAAUGUCCAAGACGAGAUGUCCACGACGGCAGGAAUGGACAGCAGCAUGGACGAGGAGGGGGAUGAGAGCAGUCUGGAUGCCAUGUGCGCUCAGAGCACCACUGACUCGGGCAUCAGCAUGAGUCCCAUCACCAGCAGUAACACCAGUCAACCUGUUCCCUCACCCACGUCCUCCAAGAGCUCGCCUACCCAUGAUGCUCUGAGGCAGGACGCCGACAGCACUUACAUCCUCCCUGAGCACAUUCAGCCAGCAGCCCAGCAGGACACAGGAUCUGUGGCGCUCCUGCAGCAGCCAGCGGCCAUCUGUCUCUCGUCUCUUCAUGCCGAGGAGGGGCCGAGGGUGGAGAGGAGCGCGCUCACCCCUGAUCCGCUGCCGUCAGACUGCAAAGCCACACCGGACGAGGUGGGGACGUCAGAUGGAGGGCCUCACGCUGUGUCUGAUCCUGUUGAGGAGGGUGAAUUGUGCACCAAAAGCACAACUGAGGAAGAAACAGUGGAGGGAAACAAUGUUGACAAUGGAGGGAUGAAUAAUGGAAAUGAUGUGGUAAAGAGAGAAAUCGGGCAGGACCCUUUGCUUUGGAGCGUGGCUGAUGUGGCCAGUUACUUCACGUCUGUGGGUUUCCCCGAGCAGGCGCUGGCUUUCAGGACACAGGAAAUAGAUGGGAAGUCCUUACUGCUGAUGCAGCGCAGUGACGUGUUGACUGGUCUGUCGAUCAGACUCGGCCCCGCUCUUAAGAUCUACGAGAAUCAUGUGAAGGUGCUGCAGAGGAGCCACUUUCAGGACGACAGCCGUCUCUUCUCAUAGUGCUGGUGUUUUCAGCGAAAACAGACUGAAACUCUCCUGGCUCAGAGCGCUGGCCAUAAAAUGAGGAGACACGUUAACUCUUUAAGACUUGAUUUGCACAAUCCUCCUCCGUUUAUCUUCUCUUCUUCCGUGUGAGGACAUGCCGCAUGAUUCAGCCCUGCAGUCUGUCCUUCUAUCCAUCCGUCACAGGGCUGAACGGACCAUUCGUCUCAGUAGAAGUGUUAUUUUUUUAUUUCUACGGUGGAGCUUUUCAUUCACCAGUGUGUUUUCCUUCUGUUUUUGUCAGAUAUGAUUUACAGUGUCGCAAUAUUAUAUAAACCUUGUUCUUGUCCAAUUAAAUGUUCGAUGUUCAGCAAUGUUUUACAGCAGUCUUAAAAUGGACAUGCAAUGUUAGGAAAUAAAUUCCAGUUUCAGAAUCUGAAA